GCAAUUAAGCAAUGCUAACGUUAGCAGCUCUGGCGAUGAUCGAGCUACGGUUGUUGAUAUUGUCGAUGUUGUAGUUCAAAAAGGGGCAAACGGUCAACGUGAACAUUGCCUUUAUUAUGCUUGGGGCCACAAAGCUGAGUCCCGUCACCGUGACAGGAAGUGAAAUGACGAGUGGAUCGGCAGUGUUCUGUCGGGAGGAUGGAAUAACAGAACACCCGGAGUAUUUCCCACCAACUUUUCUGGCUUUUGUGCAUCAUCAUUUAUGAGACAGCAACUUCAUCCUGGCCAACGCUCAGAUGUCGAAGGGCUUUCCCAUCGUCUACUGCUCUGAUGGCUUCUGUGAGCUCACCGGGUUUUCCCGGGCGGAGGUCAUGCAGAAGAGCUGCGCCUGCAAAUUCCUCUACGGGCCGGAGACCAGCGAAGGCAUCAUCCUCGGCAUCGACGAAGCCUUGGAGGAGCGCAAGGAGUUUAAGGAUGAGAUCAUGUUCUACAAUAAGACGGCUGUGCUGUUCUGGUGCCUGCUGGACAUUGUGCCAAUUAAGAACGAGAAGGGAGACGUGGUGCUCUUUCUGGCUUCAUUUAAAGACAUCACGGACACUAAAGUUAAAACCAUCCACGAGGACAAGAAGGAAGAGCGACGGCGCGGCAGGGUGAAAACAGGCUCUCAGUUCAGCUCGGCUCGUCUCCGGAGCAGCACAGUGCUCUACCACAUCUCUGGUCACCUCCACAGCCGAGAGAAGAGCAAGAUUAAACUCAACAAGAAUGUGUUCGGCGAUCCGCCCGCGCUGCCAGAGUACAAAGUAGCAGAUGCCAAGAAGUCCAAAUUCAUCUUGCUGCACUACAGCACAUUCAAGGCCGGUUGGGAUUGGCUGAUCCUGCUGGCCACCUUCUAUGUCGCCGUGACGGUGCCGUACAACGUGUGUUUCAUCGGCGAUGACGACGAGAUGACCCGCAGCACGACAGUCAGUGACAUCGCUGUGGAGAUACUGUUCAUUAUAGACAUUGUUUUCAAUUUUCGCACCACUUAUGUCAGCAAAUCGGGCCAAGUGAUCUUUGACGCCCGACAGAUCUGCAUCCACUACCUGACCACAUGGUUCAUUAUCGACCUUGUGGCCGCCUUGCCCUUUGACCUGCUCUAUGCCUUCAAAGUCAGCGUGGUGUCGGUCGUCCACCUGUUGAAAACGGUGCGUCUGCUCCGUUUGCUGCGGCUGCUCCAGAAGAUGGACCGCUACUCGCAGCACAGCACGGUGGUCCUCACCCUGCUCAUGUCCAUGUUCGCCCUGCUGGCCCACUGGAUGGCCUGCAUCUGGUACAUCAUCGGCAAGAUGGAGAUGGAGGCCAACACCUACAACUGGGAUAUCGGGUGGCUCCAUGAGCUGGGGAAGCGCCUGGAGUCUCCGUACUACACCAUAGGAGGCGUUAAUGGGACCAGCAGCGGACCCUCCAUCCGGAGCGUCUACAUCGCUUCACUCUACUUCACCCUCAGCAGCCUGACCAGCGUGGGCUUCGGCAACGUGUCGGCCAACACCGAUGCCGAAAAGAUCUUCUCUGUCUGUGUGAUGCUCAUAGGAGCACUGAUGCAUGCCUUGGUCUUCGGUAAUGUGACGGCCAUUAUCCAGAGGAUGUACUCGCGCUGGUCCCAGUAUCACACCAGAACCAAAGACCUCAAGGACUUCAUACGCGUCCAUCAUCUGCCGCAGAGCCUCAAGCAGCGAAUGUUGGAGUAUUUUCAGACAACCUGGUCUGUCAACAACGGCAUCGACUGUAAUGAGCUGCUGAAGGACUUCCCAGACGAGCUGCGAUCCGACAUCACUAUGCACCUUAACAAGGAGAUCCUGGAGCUGUCGCUGUUCGCCUCCGCCAGCCGAGGCUGCCUGCGCUCCCUGUCCCUGCACAUCAAGACCUCCUUCUGCGCACCCGGAGAGUACCUCCUCCGCCAAGGCGACGCGCUCCAGGCCGUCUUCUUUGUCUGCUCGGGCUCCAUGGAGGUGCUGAAGGACGGCAUGGUGCUCGCCAUCCUGGGUAAAGGUGACCUGAUCGGGGCGAACGUGUCCUUGGACGACCGGGUGAUAAAAACCAAUGCGGACGUGAAAGCCCUGACCUACUGUGACCUGCAGUGUAUCAACCUGAAGGGGCUGUACGAGGUGUUGGACCUUUACCCCGAAUAUUCCCACCACUUCGUCCAGGACAUCCAGCAGGACCUCACAUACAACCUGAGGGAGGGACAUGAGACACACGUUAAGGCCAGGCUGUCCACAGCAGCUCUAGAUGCUCAGUCAGGGGUGAGAAGGAACGGGCAAGUGGUGCAGGGUUAUCCGUCCAUCAUCGAGGUGCAGGAGGAACAGGACGACUACGAGGAGGAGGAGGAGGAGGAAGAGGACAAGGCCACAUCUGUGUCUUUGUUAUCGGAGCGGAACCGAGCGGUGAACCUCAGGGACGCCAGUGCUAAGUCUCUGCUGAUUCGACACAGCCAGAAGACCACAGAGCAGAGCUCCAGGGGCUCUGGGAGGAAGAACCAGGAAAUUACUCUCACCACUUUAGACCCUUCCAACCUCAGCCCCAGGAUAGUGGACGGCACUGAAGACGGGGAGGGCACAGAGAGUUCCCUGGCCUUCUCCUUCACCACCCGAGGCUGUCCUGUCAGUGAACCAAACAGUGCCUCAGCGUCUGCCACAGAUAUUCUGCAGAUCAGCACUGCAGAAUUAGCAGCAAAAGCAGAAGAGACCAGGGGACAACUGCGACAUCUUGACCAGCAGGUGAGCACUCUGGGGAGGGAAGUGGCCGACCUUGGAAGAGUCAUGAAGAGAAUGGCUCAACUCAUGGAGACCCUCAUGUCAUCAGUGCCCCCCCCUUCAGUGGGCUGCCCUGCACACCACGGUUACCUGCCCCCUCCUCAGUCUUACCCUUCACCCUCCCAGACUGCUUCCAUCUGGACGGACACGCCUGUGUCGUUACCCUCCUCUCCUCUCACAAUCCCCCACCUACAUGGUGCGAUAUGCCACAUGGACUCCCUCGCACACAGACCCCAGGACCUCCAGCUGGGCUACCCCGCUAACCCCAGCUCAACUCCACCUUCUACCCCCAACUCGUCAGUCCUCCAAUUGCAGCCUCACAUGCCUUCCUCAUCCCUCGGCUCACCGGAGAUUUCCCACCACAUAGACGGAGCUUGUAGCUCCUUCAGGUCAAGGGUACACAGUCCACCUCCGCAGGACGGAGGAAACGAGGGCCCUCAUCGGCCCUCUGGGUGUUCUCCUCAAACUGGACUAGAGGGGGGCUAUCACAAGCCAACCAAGGGUUUGUAGCAGCCCCCCCUUUUGAACUCUGCAGGACUUUUUCCGGGACAUUUUUGAGGAUAAGUUCCUGAACUGAUCAACUGGAGUCCCCUCAUAUCACUGCAGGACAUUUGCAGGGAUGCAAAUAAGAUUCCUUUUGUUUCAAAGGCACGUGUUAUAAAAAUCCAGUUGCAUGAAAACAAGUACAGAAGGAUUAGGUUUGUUAGCUUUACCUUGUAGAGAUGUAGAGUUUUUAGACAGGAUAUAGAGGUUUGGUUCACCUCUAUGGGGACAGCUCACCUCCAACCUGAUACCCACCCACCAUGAGGCCCUUUGAGAGAGACACACGCCAUAAUUGAGGACAAGAGGGACACGAUGGAGAGAGUUCUUUUCUGUCGUCCUUUAUUGUUUUUUGUUUUGUUUGUUUCUUUUUGCUCCUGGCUAGAGAUGGUUUAAGGUCGGCCUGGGUUGGUCAGAGGAAGAGAAUUAGCAUCAUGGAUGAUGGUGUUGGGCUUCGGAAACACGAAGGGGAGGGGGGGCAGUUAACAUCCUUCCCCCAAGCCCCUAUCUCUACCAUCUCAUCUCCUUCUCAACCCGUCUUUCCUUUGCCCACUCGUGUCCGAUGCACCGAAUUGCCUGGACCAGUGCAUGACUGGUUUUGGGGCUGGUUGUACCGGCAGUGCAGGAUGGUGUGAGGAGAGCGAUGGGACGUAUGGUGCUCUUUACCGCUGGCCCUCAGGAAAGGGGGGGAAGUUGGUUAUUGAAGGGGUGGGGGUAGGGGGGUGUUAUGCCUUGGGCAGCAGAGCCCCUGCUGUCGUCUGUCACACUGAGCACAGGGACUCUUUCUCCAUCUCUGUCUCUCUUUUCCACUGUUUCCCCCCGUACACCUGCCACUCUCUCCCUCCUGCUCUCUGCAUGCCUUUUCCGAGCCUUUUGAGUAGUGCCUGUAGACACACAUUAACAUGCUGCAUGUCACCCUAUGGAAAUCCAGCUUGCCAUUUAUCUAAUCUAUUUAGAGGAAACACGGUUUACUGACGCAUAUUUAUUGGAUGUGGGCUCAGUUUGAAAAAAAGCUGGGGUAAUUUUAGGAACAAGGUAGUCGCCCCUGUUGAGAAGCGGCCUGGAGCAAACCACCAAUGCCAAACGGGUUCAUGAUCCACAAUGGAGGCCGUUUCCCUGAUCGUCACACAGGAUUACCAGCUCUUCUUGAGGUCCACUUUUCUCAGCUGUUAAGAGCAAAGGCAAUAUUCCCACAUAAAAGCACAAUAAGGAAAUGAAAAUGCUUUUAUAUUUCUAUGAAUGUAUCGAUACUAAAGAUGUAUUUUUUUACCUCGAAGAAUGCAAGAGUGUGCGGCGGCAGUAAGUGAUGCUACUGCACCCGAGGGUUAUGGCAGUGGUGUUUGCUGGUACCAGCCGAUGCAAAUCCUAAACUGGGACAGAGGUCAUAACUCUCGGCCCAGGCAGAUCUACUGUUCUCUUCUUGAAUUCAUGUAGGUUUGACUCUGCUUCUCUGCCAAUGGAAUGUACUGUAAUCAAACUUCUCUUUUCCCUUAACAUUUUGAUAUUUAUUAGAUACAAAAAAAGACCUGUUAUGCUAAUAAACAACAA